AUGGCUGGCUCUAGCUCAACCCCGAUCAUCUUUUUCUCCUUCCUCGCAAUCAUCACUUCUUUUCUCACAAUCGCAGUCUUACCUGCAACAGUCUCAGCUACUCUCUUCACCAGCUCACGGUGGAUCGUUGACUAUAAAGGGCAACGCGUAAAGCUGGCAUGCGUGAACUGGGUGUCGCAUCUCGAAGUUGUCAUUGCCGAAGGCUUGAGCAAACAGCCGGUGGACGCCAUCUCGAAGCGCAUUGCGUCGUUGGGAUUCAACUGCGUCAAGCUGACGUGGCCAACCUUCUUGGCCACCAAUGAUACUCUGGCAUCUGUCACUGUUCGACAAUCGUUUCAGAGCCUCGGUCUCAGUGAAUCCAUUGUCGGUCUCCAGUCCAACAACCCCUCUAUCAUCAAUCUCACCCUCUUACAAGCUUACCAGGCAGUGGUAUAUAGCCUUGGGAAGAACAAUGUGAUGGUUAUACUGGACAAUCACGUAAGCAAGCCUGGUUGGUGCUGCAGCAGCUCCGAUGGCAAUGGUUUCUUUGGCGACCAGUACUUCAAUCCCGACGUUUGGAUCAAGGGCCUUACUCGGAUGGCCACAUUGUUCAACGGCGUGGGCAAUGUGGUGGGCAUGAGCUUGAGGAACGAGCUGCGAGGCCCCAAACAGAAUGUUGACGAUUGGUACAAGUACAUGCAAAGAGGAGCCGAGGCAGUGCACUCAGCAAACCCAGAUGUGCUUGUGAUUCUCUCUGGCCUGAGUGAUGACAAAGACUUAUCUUUCCUUGCCAAUCGGCCAUUGGGCCUCACAUUUUCUGGGAAAACAGUAUUUGAGGUGCAUUGGUAUGGAUUUUCAGAUGGGCAGGCAUGGAAGAGUGGCAACCCCAACCAAGUGUGCGGGUCAGUGGUAAAUAACAUGAAGAGACAGUCAGGAUUUUUGCUGGAAAAAGGGUUCCCAUUGCUUGUGAGCGAGUUUGGGGUGGACCAGAGGGGCACCAAUGUGAAUGACAAUAGGUAUCUAAGCUGCUUUAUGGCUGCUGCAGCUGAACUUGAUUUGGAUUUUGCUCUCUGGACUUUGGUUGGGAGUUAUUAUUUGAGAGAUGGGGUCCUCGGAAUGAAUGAGUAUUAUGGAGUCCUGAACUCCGAUUGGAGUGAUAUCAGAAACUCAAGCUUAUCUCAGAGACUUUCUGUUCUGCAAUCUCCUUUCCGAGGUCCAGACUUAUCUCAAUUCUCGCGGCAUAAAAUUAUUUUUCAUCCAGCCACAGGCCUCUGCCUCCUACAAAUUGGACAGCUUGGGCCAUUGAAGUUAGGUCCAUGCGCUCAAUCUGGACCCUGGAGCUAUUCAUCCCAGACCCAGAAGUUCCUAACUCUUGAAGGAUCAUAUUUGUGCUUACAAGUUGAUGAACUGGAGAAGCCAGCAAAACUUGGUAUCAUUUGCAGGCCUCCUAAUUCACAAUGGGAUACCAUUUCAGAUUCUGGGUUGCACCUUUCAUCUAAGACAUUGAAUGGUACUAAUGUUUGCCUAGAUGUAGACUCCAGCAACACCAUUGUCACAAAUUCCUGCAAAUGCUUAAGCAGAGAUAGUACGUGCAACCCCGAAAGCCAGUGGUUCAAACUUGUCGAUAGCACGAUAACAAGAAAGUGA